UAAACAUAACACUUGCGCAAGGUCAAUCCCCAGAACGUCCAUGCUGCAAAUUUCUAGCACUGUGACUCUUAGGACGAGUGGCGACUAAGAUCUUCCAAUAUAACGUAGAAAUAUGUGUAGCAACGGUUGUUGUGUCAGGGUACGCAGAAAGGCGGCUAUUGUCUGAUUUUCACUGUCAGGACGUUAGGGCAGCAUUCCUAAUAUUAGGCGACAGUUGACACAGUGAAAUUUGGCGACGGUUUAACAAUAGUCCUUAGUCCUGAAUACAGCGAGGUAACGUUACACUGGUAUUAUUGUAUUUGUCGCGGACGAGAGGAUUACACGCGAUCCGCCAUGACACGUUUUGCAGACGAGAAUUACGUUUACCAUAGAAACGCGACCUGCUGCUACGACGACUACGCUUCAUCCACAGACCGAUAAAUACUCUCGUUAAGAUUACUUCGAGCGUGUUACUACGCCAAAGCUAAUCUUUCUCUACUCCUUUGCUUUUAGCUACUCAAUUCCGAGAAUGAGACGCUGAGGAUCACUAAUCACUUACUGACAAUUUCCAGACGUGCUCAGUCAGUCUCCAUCUUGACUUUUUCCGCGCGCUCAAAUUCGAGAAUUUUGUCGAGAGUCCUAUUGUGUAUAAAGUUAGAAUCAAGGGUGACAGUGCGAGGGAAGAGAUGUGACGGGAAGGUUAUAGAGGUGGGAGUGAUAGAAGCUCACCUGAAAUGCCAAGAAUGGCGACAUAUUUUCAUCGAAUUCUUUGCCGGAGGCUUGAACCAGCCACGAACAACCCUGGUCCAUACGUGUAUGUAUAAAUACCUGUAAGAGCUCCAGGAUCUUCCUACGUGAACACAUCGUGCAUACGUACAUGUAAUGCUACCUGCAGGUACGUCGCCCUAUGAGGAUAUUGUCUAUUAAUAAACAAGAUGAAGAACAAUGGAGCAUCGCACCUUCCCAGGAAACAAUUGAGCUAUCGAAUGACGAAGUUAGCUGAUAAAUGUUUCCUUGACAUAUUCAGUUGAGACAUCGAUAGUCUAGACGGUUUCUCGUUCAUGAGAUUAUUUUCUUCUGUGUACAUAUAUAACAAGAGUCUUCUUCCUUUACGAUACGUGACAUAUUCGGUCUGAUGUACUCGUCGGACUUGGAUAAUUCAUCUGAUAUUGAGGAAGAGUUCAUUAGUGCGUUGACUUUGUUGCGGUCGACCGACGUUGACAGUGCGGAGAAGCUGCGCAGGAUGCUGGAUCAUUCUAUCGAGAGGAAACUAGGGCACAGAAGAUUCCUAACGACCAAGGACUUCCUCGAGGAUAACCGGAAUUACGAAGAAAUUCAAAGAGACGAUAGAAACUCGAGGAACUCGUCGCCAGAAGAAUUUAUUCUUGCAGACUCCGUGAUGGUUCUAGGGGUCCAGGAAGUGGAGGAUGAGUUCUGUGAAAAGAUCGAUAUUCCUAGGAUAUCAAUUCCCGACGAAGGACCUGCCGAGGGUGCUCUUUGCAAGAUAUGCAACAGCGCCAAACUUGGUCCUUUGAUCCUUCUGGAAUGUCAGGAGUGUCAGGAAGUCUAUCAUCCACUGUGUCAUCAACCACCAGUCCUAGAUAUUGAUGUCUAUGAUCCUAGACUGGUAUGGAGAUGCAAUAAAUGCGAGGAAACGUCAAAUUCAAACAAAUCCUAUAUGGAGAUAAAUAAUGCACCAGAGGAAACAGAUAAGCAGGACGAGCUAAAAGAUCAAAAAGUGAUUAAGGAAGUGACAAGGAAGAGAAUCUCCAAGGAUCCUCUUUGUUUUACAGCAAACAAAUUGAAAGCGGAUGAUUCUCAUGGCAAAGAACGGAGAUCACUUCGUCCUGUUAAGGAUUCUACAAUAAAAUCACGUAAAAGACAUUCCUCGAUCCUUCAGAAGUCCUCAUCGACUUUUCAAGGUGUAAGCAGUCAACUGCGAAAGCGGCCGAUCGUAAACGUCAAAGUUCUCCUUCGUCUUUCGUCGCACAACAUUAAUACUCCACAUUGAAAAGUUUUUCCCUACUUUUCUUCGUCAACUCCACCAAAUCCAUUUCGAAGGACUGCUCUUUGGAAACUAUGAAAAAAAGAUAUGUUCGAAAACUAUCCAGAUACAUCCAGCACUAUAAUUUAUUUCGUUGGUCAACACUUUGACCGGAUUAAAAUGAUAAUUUGUCGCCUAUUCGUGGCUACCAGCAGCUAUUGCGGUCAAGCGAGUUCAAUUGCUUUAGCAACGAGUCACUACGAAACGGACUGGCAUCCAUCACUCUCAUUCUAAUUGAUCAUUAACAUACAGUCCUGUAGAAAAUCACGUAGGUUACGAUAAUCUUCAGGAGAACUUCAUCAGCAGUGUAAACGCGAUUACAACGUAUUAAUUUUCUUUUUCACAUAUUUCCUCGUUUCAAUGCCAACGCGAUUACUCGAUGUUAUCAUUUCUUCUAUCCUUGUCUCGUGUAUCGCCGAGUGCGCAGUUUUGAUUAUAUUUUUAUUCCCGUAACAAGUAUUUCUUUGUGCAUUUUAAAUUCUUGCCUGUUCAGCUCGCGUAGUCCCGUUUAUGCACGAGAAUGAACAAUUUUUCUUAUUACGCGACUGCCAUACUUUUUCUUUUGAUGAAUCAGAAGCACUAAUCAUCCUUAUCUAUCAAGCCUAAAUUUAGAUAAGACGACUGGAGUCUCUUAAUGUCGUGCGUGUACAUAAUCAACUAUAAACACAUGACGUGAACGUACACGUAAUUUUCUAAAUACAAUCGUUUCCUCCAUACCCGUGCCAUUUCAAUGGCAAAACAGGAUAAACGUAAGAAUUGUCCUAGUUGUCAAAACCAAACAGUGGGAGUCCAUUACAAACGUUGUCUCAAGUGCGACCCAGGCGAAAGAAUAUCCAAGUAACACGAAACGGAGGGAAAAGAAGUAAGAAAACAAAGAGGAAAGUUGCCUUAGAAAACAAAAGUAUUAUUUCAAAAUUGCCAAUCCGCUCGACUGAUCUCUCAAUAUUUUACACCGUGCGUUAUUCGUAUCCGUAGAAAAAAAAAAAAAAAAAAAAAAAAAAAAAAAAAAA